AUGUCUGAUUACGAGGAAGCAUUUAACGAAGGUAAUGAACAUUUCGAGGAUUUCGAAGUCGAGCACUUCUCAGAUGAGGAGAACUUCGAAGAAGGCUUCCGUGACGGGGAGACUAAGAAUGAGGAAGGAAAGACUAUAAUUACAGGUGGUUUAGGCCCAGAUGACAACCAACAGAAUGAUAUAUUCAGAAGAAAGACUUUAAAAGAGAGGGCAAUUCCAAAAAAUGAUAGAACUACUACACCAUAUAUGACAAAAUACGAGAGAGCAAGAAUUUUAGGGACAAGGGCUUUGCAGAUUUCCAUGAACGCUCCUGUCUUUGUGGAUUUGGAAGGUGAAACAGAUCCUUUAAGAAUCGCCAUGAAAGAAUUGGCUGAAAAGAAGAUUCCAUUGGUCAUUAGAAGAUACUUGCCAGAUGGCUCUUUUGAGGAUUGGAGUGUAGAAGAAUUAGUUGUCGAUUUGUAA